AUGCAAGUCGCCAGAAGAGCAGGCUUUCCGCUACCCAGGGUGAUUUGGUAUGGAGAGCAUCCUGGCACACCACAUGCGCCGGUUUCGAUUUUGAUGACCCGUGUUCCUAGUCGGGAGCUUGGCCAGGUUUAUCAGAUGUUGAGUAGUGAGGAGAAGAGGUCGACUGGGCGGGAGUUUAAGGGAUAUUUGAAUGUGAUGCUGGGGACGAGUAUUAGGAGUAUUCGCGUUCCUAAUCAUCUUGUGGGCCCGUUUGAAUCUGAGGAGGAACUCAACGAAUACCUUAUACAUCCUUCUUGGUCGGGAGGUUUUGAGUCUGAACUCGCGUAUCAAGAAGCACUCGAGGUUGUGGGGAACAUGAGGAAUCUUCGACAUCGUGUUGUUUUCACACACGGGGAUCUUCAACAUCAUAAUUAUGGCUGGUAUCCUGAGUAUUGGGACUUUACAACCACGUUGAGGUUUACAUCGAAGGAUUUCUGGUGGUAUCGGUUUAUAAUUGAUCUUGGCGGUGGCGCAUAUCUGGAGGAAUUGAAAUGUGAACGUGCGCUGACAGCUUUGACGAGCCCUCCUACUACUGAUGAUGUCGAGGAUUUUCGUCGACUUGAUACUGAUUGA